GAAAAACCGUGACUAAGUGCAAAUUGUAUCCCCACACGAGUUCAGAAAAGAUCGAGCGAACAUUUUCUAGCGAGUAGGGCCUGUACACGAGACACGAACUUUUAUGUUUAUCUUGACAUGAUGGUAAAUUUAGCUUAGCCAACGAACACCAAGAGCCACCGAUAGCGUUCUUCUUUCAAAUCACCAACUGUGCUUGUCUGACAAUUAUCCGUCAGCCUGAAUAGGAGCAUCAUAUUGCUCUACAGUGCAAGCAGUUUCUGCUGUUGACACAGUUUUUUUUUUCGCAUACUGUAUGCCGGAUACAAGUCCGAAAACACGGGUCGGCGGCGAUUCCGCUGUCGACUGGGACGAUGCCGCUGUAGAUGCCUGGGAGAGCAUUCUCCGUGGCAACCGCACUGGCGCAUCUCCUCAAGGACACGGUAUGCCUGGCGCUGCGUCGUCGACGAAAGCGAAGGCGCCGAGUAAGGGGGCGGCUGGCGUACAGUCUCCACGAGGGGAGCGGAGAUUUAACAGCAUUACCGGAGAGCAGGGCGGCCCUUUUGGACAGACUUCGAGUCCUUCGCGAGAGCCGAAAGAUGGGCCAUCCGUGCAUUCCAUGUGGCAGCUGUACCAAGAGGGACAGAUGUCGAAGCGACAGUUCAUCGACGUGCUUGGCGGGGAUCUGCCGGCGUCCACAUUGCGGUGUCUAGACCAGGUGGACACGACAUUUCCCCACUUUGUCCGUUCGUUUGGACAAGCGGGUGUGCCAUACGUCGUGGCGCCCCCUCACGGCGCCUCCGUCGACCACGACAUGAAGAAGAAACUGCAGUUUUCCACCCUUGAUCACUCGAGGAGUAUGACGGGUGCUGCGACAGUUACGUUCCCGUCCAAAAAUGGCAAAGUCUGUAGAGAUUUUUUUUGAACCGGAGACAUUACAUACUAGACUUAAGCGCCCGGUAGCACUCCUCCCACUAGAAUCCUCCACCCCUGCGCGCACUUCCCCCGCCAUUACGUGCCUCCGCUUCCCCGGCUCCUUCUCCGCGCGACAACCGCCUGGCGGAGUUGAUCGGUGGAACAGCGCAAGAGCUGUCGGGUUCCAGGCGGCCCGCGGCCAUUGAAAAGGCACGCCCGGAAAUGGUAGGCCCGGGAGUUUGCUGGUCUUCUGUUAGGUUUGGCAUCUUUGCGGAAAGCUGAAGCUUUUAAGUUUCAAAACCUUCAAAAUCAAAAAUGAUCACUCAAUCUUUGAUAAAAUCAAAAGCUUUGGCACUUUCAAACUUGAUGAAGUUCCAGCUUAAAAUUAUCAAAAUCCCAAAAUUUUUAAUUUUAUCGCCCAAAAAAUAGAUUUAGAUGCCAGGGCGGCGCGCUUGAGGCUUCAAGGAGUUCAGAAGUUCGUGAGUUCCUGGGUUCGUGAGUUCGUAAGUUUAUGAGUUUAUGAGUUCCUAGGUUCAUGGGUUCAGAAGUUCCUGGGUUUGAGUUUCUGCGUUCUCGAGUUCAGGAGUUUUCGAGUUCAUGAGUUUAUAUAUGAGCUACUGGGUUCUUGGGUUUCGGUGCUGGGGAUUCCCUCGGGCGCUGGGGGUUCGGGUGUUGGGGGUUCGGACGUGGAAGAGUGAGAGUUUGGGGGGGUCGUUGUUGAUUUUUAUUUAGCUCUUUGAUAUUAUCGCAACCAACAUAGUCGAUUCGACCCAAGCAGGGACUACUUCUAUUCAAAAAAUCCCAUCUAUACCUAACGAAUCAAUACGUAUUCCCUGCUUCGUCUUAGAAACUUCUAAGGUCUGUUCUGCCGGUGCGAAAACACGGUACAAAGACAGUGCUGGAGGGAUUAUAGGAGAUAAUUCCGCACCGGCGCCCGCGGUUCGUUUGGUCGGGGAUGACGCUAAUUUUCGGAGAGCGAGCAGUGACAUCAGUCGCAAAGCCGAGAGGGAACCGACUUGGAAGGUCCGCAAAGCGAACGACGCUUCUCGAAAUAACCCACUAUUUCUCUCGAGUUCCACAGCGGGGGUCGACGAAGGAGCAGAUACGAAUGAGACGGAAAGCAUGUUGCAAAGCGCGGUAUUUGUGUGUGAUAUAACUUUGAUUCGCACGGACGGCGUCGUUUGUCCGCUCAUAGUAGAUACAUAGUCAUGCUUGCAGGAGGUUCAAUCCUUGUUUUUACAGGUCCGAAUGUUCCUCGAUGGCGAAUUACAGAAGCGUGAGCUGUCGGAGUACGUCUGUAGCCUAGCGAAAGACGGCGCAGACACGAAGGUUUUGACAGCAAGUGUGGCCACUCUUCUGGAAAGGCACGAGGUGAACGGACCUUUCACCUUUCGCUACAUUGCGCAGACGCUCCGCGGUAUAUUAGCGAAGGCGACAUAG